AACAACAAAAAACAACUUCGCUCUGUCAUUGCGGGACCGACUUUGAGAGUGAACGGACGCGGAAAUGGAGGACCAGAUCGAAAGGCAGCGGACUCACCUUCAGCGGGAGAAAAUAUCUGCUGCAAUCAAGCUGGAGCGGAUACAGCGAUUCGGAAGCGGGCGCGGAAUCGGUCAAAGUGGAAGUCAUCGAGGAAUUGGAGCGGGAAUACGACACGACUCACCGGCAAUUGAAGGAAUUGGAGAUCAGCAACGAAGCGAGAAAGAAGCGGGAAAUUCAAACGUUGAAGCGAUUCGGUGUGAUGGACAGCAGUGCAUUGUCCGGCAUUCGCUACAGCCUGCCGGAUAUCGAAAUCAGUCGCAUCCGGACCCAUUCCUCCUCCGUUUCUGGCAGCCAUCAUCACCCUGGGUGAGGAGGCCGAAGAAGAAUCUGAAGAAGCUGAUCCUUACAGGAAGAGAAGGAGUAGAAUGGUUGUCGGCCUCGCCCAUCUUCUUCCGUCCGAGAAGCCGGAGCGAAACGCCCAGUUGAAAGUAUCGAGCCAUGUCGGCCGGCGGAGUGACGGCGGCCACUCCGACCACAGUCCUGAGCUUGAGACUACUGUACACGGG